CCUGAGGAGGAUUUGAUGCCCGCCGCUGCCUUGUUGCUCAGCAACCAGGGACGCUGUGAGUCACAGUGUGGGAUGCAAUUAUUGUAUAAUGGAAGGAGGCUACAUCCAAUCACAAAAGAGAACUGUACUCACUGUCAUUGUUACGUCCAAUACGGUUCUAUGGUAGGCGUGAGAGAUUAGAACCAAUUGAAACCAUUUCUAAAACAAGGUUAGAAAUGGCAUUGGAAUAAGAAACAACCAAGAUUGAGUAGCAACGAACAAGUGUUGAAAAGUAACUGUUUGGGGGAUAUUUAAUUCUAAUUUACAGACACUUUUUUAUUUAGUAUAGAAGAAUCAAGAGUUUUUUUUUCUAUAAUUUUACAUUUCUAUUUUUUUGCGUUCGAUCCUGUCGAUUAAAAAAAAUAUUGUUAUUUAAUUGAAUCAUUCUGGCGUUGAUUUUUACAAAAUAAGAUGGCAAUAUUGGAAGAAGAUAUAUCUUUCAUAUCCCUCGUAAAUACUGUUUAAUAACUAACUCAGAAGUAGUGUGAGACAAAAUGUCAGCUGACAUUAGUUUGUUCGAUUUGGUGAACCUGUCGAUCGGGACACCUGAAGUUGGAGCUGUCAACUUCAAUGCGUUGCAUACCCUCCUCCACGCUAUCCUGGGACACCUGAAAAUCCAAAAUGUGACCACCGGCUGGAGAGAGCAGGAUGCCCCGCCACAGGAGCCCCAUGGCCCGCAUCUGACCAAGUCCUCUAGCCCGUACCAUCACAUGGAAGACAAACUUCGGCAGAUCGAGAGACAGAUGGCCGCGCUGGAGAAGCUUCCUAGCGGUACCGAUCUUCUGAGCCGCACUGCCUCAACCACAACACCGGUCAACGACUUGUGGCAGCUGAUGCAGCUCCGCCGCAAGGCUCAGGCGAGUGAGGACGGCGUGUCCAAGUCUAUGUCGCUGAUCCAGGAUCUGCUGAAGGAGAUCCAGGACCUGAAGGAGUCCAGAGACGACCUGAAGAAAGAGGUCAAGAGCCUCCAGAACCAACUCAACCAGCUGAAUAUGAGUGAGCUGGUUGACAGAAUCAACGAAGUGGAACAGUACUGCCACCGACUGGACAACCUGGACUCUGCCACCAAAGAGCUGCAGGACAGAGUUGGGCGUUACCCAGACCCAGAUGAGCUCAUCCAGUGUGUGACCUGGGACAUCAUGCAGACCACCUUGGUUAGCGAGCAACAGAAUCUGCAAAAGGAAAUCAAGCACUCAGUCCCUGUCCCCACAUCAGUUGUCAUGACCACCAUGACUCCUUUCAGCGUCUCUGCCAAUGCCAAUACUGGAGCUGCUGCCUUCACUCCUGGCACUCUGCCAGCCAGCAUGCCAGCCAGGGCGCUGCCCCAGCAGUCCCUCUCUGAUGCAGCUGUUGCCUUCACUCCUGGCACUGUCACUGCCAGCCAGUAUGGGGGGGCGCUGCCCCAGCAGUCCCUCUCUGAUGGAGCUGCUGCCUUCACUCCUGGCACUGUCACUGCCAGCCAGCAUGGGGGGGUGCUGCCCCAGCAGUCCUUCUCUGAUGGAGCUGCUGCCUUCACUCCUGGCACUGUCACUGCCAGCCAGCAUGGGGGGGCGCCGCCCCAGCAGUCCCUCUCUGAUGGAGCUGCUGCCUUCACUCCUGGCACUGUCACUGCCAGCCAGCAUGGGGGGGUGCUGCCCCAGCAGUCCCUCUCUGAUGGAGCUCUGAUGGUGGGCAGCAAACCCCUGUCUCGUGUGGCCAGCGGGGCAGAGCGUUACCCAGAGACAGUGGAGGCCCUGAGGGACGUGGGCAGGCUCAGGGAGAGACACAACACCCUGGAGACCAGAGUAGAGCUGCUGGAAGCAGGCAAGGCUGACCAGGCCCAGCUCCAGCACCUCUGGGAGCUCCUCCCUGACAUGGGGGACAGGGAUGUGCCUGACAAUCUGUUGGAUCAACUGACUCAUCUGAGAGUUCUGGUCGACAGCCUGAUGGGUGACAGAGCCAAGAGCUCGGAGCUGAUGAAUGACGUUCAGGGAGCCAUCAUGCAGCUGCAGGCUGAGUGUGAGAAGCUCCACGGCACAGCCAACCACCUGAUUGAGGAGCACGGCCAGAAACAGGUCCACAUCGACCAUCUGUACAAGUCCAUGGAAGAACUGGACGAGAAGAAAGCUGACAAAGAGCUUGUGGAGAUGGAGAUUGAAAUCAAAGCAGACAAGCGUGCCCUGGAGACCAAGGUGAGCCGCAUGCAGUUUGACUCCAUGACAGAGGAGCUCAACACCAUGUUCCAGGAGCUGCUCAGCAAGAUCACCGGCCAGGAGCAGGACUGGCACAAAAUCAUCGACAAAAUCUCCACCGAGAUGGAGUGCAAGCUGGACCGGAUUGAGCUGGAUCCUGUGAAGAAGCAGCUGGAGGACCGCUGGAAGAGCAUCCGUAAGCAGCUGCAGGCCCAGCCUGCCCCGAAGGAGGACGACGCUGCAGGCAUCAGGAAACAACUAGUGGCAAGGUUCCACUGCAUCUCCUGCGACCGCCCAGUCGAUAUGCUUACCCCAGGACCGCACUUGGUCACCCUGCCCUCCACUCCUGGCCUACCCUCCCACAAGUCCAACCGACCGUACACCAUCUAUGAGCUUGAGCAGGUUCGCCAGCAUUGCAGAAGCGAGCGCAUCCCUGAGAUGGCGGACUACAGUUACCUGGCCAUGUCCCGGAGCUGUGGAGGCAGCCACACCGUGACCUACCCCAACCGCCGCUACACCCGCCUGCAGCAAUUCAGCCACUUCAUCCAGGCUGAGGAGGAGACACCGCCCAUCUCCAGCUCCCCACUGCGCAUUCAGCCGGAGGAGGUAGACAUCCUGGGAUUGGAUGGACAUAUCUACAAGGGCCGCCUGAAAACCAGAUCGGUCAAGACUGUGGAUGCCAGACUACCCACCAUCUUUCCUAAAGACGCAGGCAUGUGCAAGAGCAAAGACAAGAUCAUGCGCUCCCAGUUCCAGAAGCCUGGCUGCACAGAGCCGGGCUGUGUGACCCCUGUGCGACCCCAGAGUGCCAAAACCCAGCGCAGCCGCUCAGCCUCAGGCAGCUCUGUGCGGGACCGGCCCAUGUCUUCUUUAGGCUGCCUGUCCCAGGCUACCCUUCCCCAGAGCUCGUCCCAUGCUGACACCACCAGCGAGCUGCUGCAGCAAGAUCUGGAGCUUCACGUGGACCUGAGCCAGUCGGAGGAAGAGCCCGUCAUCAUCCUGUAGGGGGCGAUGGAGAGCCCCACACACCUUAUUUUAAUAAACCGUUUACAGCAGCACCAGGAGGGUAUCCUGGUCUCCAUUUUGUAAUGGAGCAUACAGACGUUGUGAAAAUCAAGUCUGAUAUUAGUCAGUUAGGUUAUUUAUGGAUGGUAAUGGAAGAACACAACUCUAGGACCUAUGAACACUGUUUCAAUGCAACAAAAUAGCUGAGUCACAUUUUCAAGGUGUAGCUUUACAGGUCAAAUACCUUACGUGUGGCUACAUUACGAUUUUGGUUUAUGAUGCCUGAUUUUCAAUGACCUUCAUAGAGAAGCUUCCAGGCAGGUGACCUCAAAUACCAGACUGUUUGGAUGCAGAACAAUACCACCAUGGAGCAAUUCAUUUGACAUAUAGGGUCUUCUAGAGCAGUAUCAUUAAGGGCUUGAAAUGUCUUCCCUCUCAAAGACCCAGUUUCUGUAACGUCUGAUUCAUUGUAUUAGUGUCUCAAGUUGUUCCAUCACAUGUUAAGAGGAAAGACACUCAUGUCAUUACCACAAAAAUGUACCUCUGUCGUGGACUCAUAACAAUGGUAGCCAGCCACCUGCAUCUAUUGGGGAAGCAAAGCAGCCAGGGUUGUAAAAUCGGCCCAGAUGGCGUUCCCUUCGAAUGUCACCGUGCCUGUGUCCAGUUACAGCAGUCUCCUGGUGUCUGUGUGUUUUAAACAAGGGGGUUCGCUAUGUGUGCCUCACUCUGGCAUAGUGUAUCAUUUUUAACCAUGGCACAGCAUUGGGUAUCAUAGCAUACUUUUAGCGUAGCGCCAUGUCAGCACUCAACUGCAGUUGUCCGUGGGCCGGGGCAUGGCACGGGGAGGGGGGUGGGGACACACACAGUUCAAAAAGCCUGUGUGAAUGUAGGACAGGAUAUGAAUGAAUAAACUUGAAAGGACAAACUGUACUGUCAUUGAGGAACGGGGUGACUGUUUCCUAGAAGCAUGGGCUUUGCUUACACACAUUUUGUGUCAAUGUGAAAUAUGAUGUACAUUUAUCUAUCCAUGCCUUACACACCCAGUGGCCAGUUUAUUAGGUACACCCAUCUAGUACCGGGUCGGACCUCCCUUUGCCUCUAGAACAGCCUGAAUUCUUCAGGGCAUGGAGACAUUGCUCAAUUGGUAUCAAGGGAUCGAACUUUGCCAGGAACACAUUUCCCACACCAUUACACCACUGCCACCAGCCUGUAUCGUUGACAGCAGCCAGGAUGGGGCCAUGGACUCAUGUGGUUACGCCAAAUCCUGACUCUGUCAUCAGCAUGAUACAACAGGAACCGGGAUUCGUCGAACCAGGCAAUGUUUUUCCACUCAUCAAUAGUCCAGUGUUGGUAAUCGCGUGACAACUGGAACUGCUUGUUUUAAGCUGAUAGGAGUAGAACCUGGUGUGGUCGGCUGAUGCAAUAGCCCAUCCGUGACAAGGAUCAAUGAGUUGUGCAUUCAGUCGCUUAGGUCACUCGUUUUUCCCAUUCUAAUGUUCAUUCGGACAGUAACUGAAUUCCUGGAUGCCUGUCUACCUGCUUUGUAUAGCAAGACACGGCCUCCUGAGAACGAGGUGGUGUACCUAAUAAACUGAGUAUAAGUGAUCCCUUUCAUAGCAUUUGGACGUAUUCAGGAGUAAUGAUGCUAUUGAAAGGUAUUUCAGGAGAGUAUUUAAGACAGGCAGUUAAUCUGAAUGUAAGAUUUCCAUUGGUAGAUGUAUCUUUGUUUUCAAAGAUAAAUGGGCCUUCAUGGAAUAUGUGAUGUAUCAUAUGAUGUCCAUAUAACUGUUAUGUGAACAUAUGUUGACUCAUUAACUGUCUGCAAUGAAUUUGACUUGUGGUACGUAAAUAUAUCUGUACUGUUCUACACAACUCCACCACGCUGUUAUGACACACAGUUUCAGACAUGUAACACGU